AUGACGCUGACUGAGUUGAAAGCGUGUUGUGAUGAUCGAUUUACAGAAUGGAAAGUUUCUUCUCGUGCAAGUGAGAUUUCAACGAAUCCAGAAAUAUCUAGAAAUAUGACGCUGACAGAGUUAAAAAAGCCCUGUGAUGAUAGAUUUGUGUGCCUUGAGAACACAUACUGCUAUAAGGACUCCUACAACUAUCAAAUACUGGAUGAAUGCAUUGAAGAUGUCUUCCAGAAAGGACCAAUGUCUCUCUGUGUGAAGAAGUUGAGAGAAGUGGAUCCAACAAACCAUUUUCAGACCGACUUGUUCACCACCGACUGUAAAGUCAUUUAUAAAAACGGGAAGUGCUUCCUGCCGGAUGUUGAAAAGUAUUGUAAUCCCAAGUUUGCUCCGGUGUUCAAGCAGUAUAUAUCCCUCCGUUUGUACAACCUCGCUUGUGAUGGACGGCUACGAUAUCGAGUCGGAGGGAAUGGGCAGCAGAAUGUGUUGAAUCAGAAUUCCACUGAAUUUGAUUCAGCGAACAUAACCAGUGGAAGGGGAUAA